AUGCGGAGAGCCCCCCGGCCAGCUCUUUCCUGUGUCAGUGAGUGCCUGCAGUGCACCUGGGAGAAAGCCUACCAGGAUCACAGGAGAAAGGUCCAGGAUGCCCAGCCCCUCGUGGACGCCCGCGCCCCCUGGAGCCUUGGCCACCUCCGCCUGAAACUCAAGAAGCUGAAGCUGGAGGAGGAGCGGCUUGCCGUCAUCGACAGGGACAACCGCCUGCUGCUGGAGAAGCUGUCUUGCGUCAUGAGGACUGGGGGACAGACUGAGAGCGGAAACAACCACACGCACAAGAGGACAGGAUCCCGCAGGGAGAGCCCCCCACCUGCUGCCCGGAUUCUCUUUGAAAAAUGCAAGUCCCAGCCAGCCUGCAGGUCACCCCACACCAUCGGGUGGCUUCCCCCUCCUCCUCCUCGCCUGCCUGAUAUGUCACACUCAGGAAAUGGGGGAAGAAGGAGGGAAAAGAGGGAGCAGAAGUGAUCCCGGGGAGGCGCCAGCCAGUCAGAGGGCACAGGAAGUGCCCGAGCUUGAACAAGGGGCCAGACAGACAGACAGA